AUGAAAGCAAAAGGCGAUUUGGAAAAGGCGGCACAACUCUUCCAACUUGCACUGGAUCUUUAUCACGAAGAUCUUUAUCACGAAACUUCUGUUAUCCAUCAGACUGCAACAGCAGCCUACUACGAGAAUCUUUCGGCUUUCAAAGCUGAUCUUGGGUUGUUGGAAGAUGCCAUAGCUGCGAGUGCAGAAGCACUGAAGAUUCGUCGAAGAACUUUCGGUGACAAAGAUGCGGACACGAAGCGACGCAUGGAAGUGCAUAGAUCUUUGCUGAAAAACUUAUUCGGGAUAUCCUAG